AUGGAUGGGUACCCUUCAGGCAGUUUGGAUCACAAUGUUCCAUUUCUGGUCGCAUCGGGUCUUAAUUCGGCAGAGCCCGACCUCGACUUGCCAGGGGAGUUGAGCACCCAAGGACAGUUGGUCAAAUCAGACUUGCCGCCCCUCGAGAGCAGAGAAGCGCAGGCGUUGGAGAAAUACUUUGAGGAGAUAGACAAGCGAGGCACAUCUUGGGCGGCGGUUUCAAGGGACGAGCCAUAUCGUUUGCGCAUCAAGACAGUUGGCAGGUCAUACCUUCUCCCACCUCGGAAAACGCAACUCCCCGAUUCCAUCGAGUCUCCAGAUCCUAGCGCAACCGUUCACUCGCCUUUUUCGCCGCUGUCUCAUGUGUCCGCUCUGUACCCCGAUGGCCUACUCGAUACCCCGUGGAUUAAGAAGCACCAGCAACUUGUCCCGAGCAUAUAUGCGUGUUUCUAUCCUUUGAAAAAUGACAAUCGCCUCAAGACAGAUAUCAACGAGAUCAAAGCCACUCUUGCUCGAUCUGGAUACAAGACUAGAGUUGCGAUAAUAUUGUUUGGCGACCCAGACAGUGGCACUGCUGUACUUACAGAGGAAGUUCAAGACCGAUUGGAAAACAUUCGAAGAGGCACCGCAUUAGACCCCAAGUCGAUAUUCUACAUCCCGAUCCAGCAGUCUCCCGCCGAGCUCAAACGAGUGAUUGAUAGUAUCCUUAAUGUUCUCUACACAAAUGCCAUUGAAUACUACAGAGAUCUGGGACGCCAUGCAAGGAAGAAGAGAUCCCGCGGCAUUGCUCCGCAACCUACAAUACCGCCAACAUCUGGGACGUCACAUACUCUCUCGUUGCCAGAUUGGAACUUCCGGUAUGAUAUGAAGACCGGCAUCUUGGCCGAAUUUCGACAAGAGUUGGAUGCGGCGAUUCGGUCUUUCGAGCAGGCGUAUGAAAUUCUACUGGGACAAGAUGUACUAGACAUGAUUCCAAAUUGGAGCGUGCGGUGGAACGAAGCUCGGCAAUUGGCAGAUAUAAUCGCUAUACGGUGUCUGCGAUUACAUUUGUGGAUGGGUCAUACAAGCUUAGCUGUGCGGCGAUGGCAAGCGCACAGGGAUCGGAUUGGCGACUUUGUGGAUCGCAGAGGGCACGGGACAAAUACAUAUGGCUGGCAAGCCUGGGAGGCACGAUGGGCUAAGAUCAUGGCGAAUUUGAUAGAAAAGGUCGAGGUACCUGGGUUGGUGCCUGCGUCAAUGACGAUAUUCCUACCACCAGAACGAGCUGUUUUAGGAGAGCGAUUACAACCGUGGGAGCUCUUACAUCACACAGGCUACUGGUAUCGCAUGGCCGCACGACAUCUUGCCGCUCGACGUACCCUUGCCCGCAUGAUGCCAGACGAAGAUAGAGAAGCGCCUGAAUCAGCACCAGCGAAAUCUGCGACGAGCAGCCACGACACGUACAUGUGCCCUCCUCCACACCAAGAAUAUCCGCUAGAAGGCCAAGGUGGUACCAAUCAUGCAAAACUGAUAAUAGACUGCCUCAUCACUGCACGGACCCAAUUUCAGGCUAGGAAGCAGCUGCGAAUUGCUGCAGAGUUGUCACUGGAAUGUGCAAAGGAGAUGGCCUCUCUGGGUUCAUGGGAAGAAGUAGUUGCGAUUCUGCGACCCGUGUGGGACGAUAGCUCCUAUCGAACCGAUAACUGGCUGGAUAUUGCCGAGGACCUUUGCUGGUUGCUGCGCCGUGCGGCUAAGCAAACGCGGCGAGCGGAUCUCAUCGUUGCCGUAGAUUGGGAAUUGAUGAACAAGAAGUUCUCAAAGCGGCAACAUUGGCGCUAUGAUUUGUCACAAGCACUGGACGGAAUUAAAUGUGAUGAAAAGCCUUCCAUCCAACUUUCAGACGAGUCGUCAUCACCACUUAUUACAUCAAGCUUCGUGUUCCGAAGCAAAGAGAAUAAAGCGGGUGACCAGAGUCGCGCGCAACUUGUGUUGACUUCAAACGCAAUGGCGGAUUCUUUCCCGAUGACCUUGUCCUCCAUAAGGAUUGUGUUUGGAGGAAGCUUAAAACCUAUCGUCUUCCACCACACUUCAGAUAACGAGAAGGAUGCUUCCAUUACGGAAGUGGCCCUGGAGGAAGAGUUUGCUAAAGAUGACUCUGAUGAUUUACCAUAUAAGCUCAAUGGCACUUGCGACUUGACGCUGAAGCCGGGCCAAAGACGAGUGUUUGAAAUGGCCAUUCCGUUGCGGGAAUCGGGAGAAGCCGAAGCCUCCAAGGUAGUGACCACUUUCGAGCAUGAAACCUUCAACAUGGAAUAUACAAUGUUAUUUAGGGAAACAGAUCAGGUGACUGGAUGGUACACGAAAACCUCAGCUAAGCCUCGCCAGUUGCGGGCGGAUGCGAGGAUAUUGCAUAUUAAACCACGACCACCGAAGAUGCAGAUUUCUCUGUUGGAACCCUCGAGUCAGUACUACACGAAUGAAACCGUGGGCCUUCGUGUGGAGUUGCGAAACGAAGAAGAUGAUGCUGCUAACGUUAAGCUUGAUGUCCAACUGCAUGGGAAGUCGAGUCCGUCAUUCAAACUACAAGUUGGCGACGUUGAGCAUAUUGGGGAGGCGAGUGAGGAUGAAAGUAGAGCUAUGGGUGUCACAGUGGGCACCAUUUCUACUGGUGCUGUGGUCGAACUGAAGCUGAUUAUAGAUCCAACCAACGUGUCGGCAACUUAUGACCUCAGCAUCCAAGCGACUUACCACUUGGACUCAGACGCUGCGACUCCGAUUCUACAAACCUUGUCUCUGCCGUUGAGCAUAGUGGGACCAUUUGAAGCGAAUUACGAUUUGGUACCGAGACUGCACCCAGAGCCGUGGCCGAGCCUGUUUGAUUAUGAUGGCCUGUACAACGUCAAGGAGGGCGAGACGGAACCACCAGCGGCGAAAGGUCUUGCGCAACAGUGGUGUUUGAUGUGCCACUACGCAUCAUUUGCCUCGGAAGAUCUGGUUGUAUUGGGGAUGGAAUUGCAAGUCGUAUCCUGCGUGGGAGGAGCUCGAUGCACGGUGACUCGACAGCCAGAAGUAGCAGAAGAUGGCAUCAGUGUCUCGCCCAAGACAAUGCAUGAAGCACAGUUUGAUCUUGUGGCGCAGAAGCUCAGUCUCGACGACCGACAUCCUGUCACGCUGGAUCUGGCGUUUGUCAUCAAAUGGAGGAGAGGUACAGCAUCGGAAGAUAGUCAACCGAAUGUCACGACCAUGCCAGUGGGACAGUACUUUGUUCUGGGAACGGAACCAAGAGUACUGGCAACCGCAUUGUACUCGAACCCAACGGCAUCAACCAAACUGCUUCACCUGGACAUUACCAUUGAGAAUCCGUCCAAUCAUUUCCUUACAUUUGGACUCAGCAUGGAACCCAGCGACUCAUUCGGCUUUUCAGGCGCAAAACAGACAACAAUCAACCUCUUGCCAAUGGCACGGCGAACUACGAGAUAUCGCUUGCUGCCAUUUGUCGAGGGGGAUUACAUUCGCCCGGGCUUGGUGGUUCGCGACAAGUAUUUCCAGAAAGUGCUGCGCAUCAUUCCCACGGAAGGCAUGAAGAUUGACAAGGAUGGAUUGUUGGUAUGGGUUCCAGGGGAUGCAAGUGAAGAAUCAGAGGCUGAUGAGGAUGCUGAAUGA